GUCUAAAAAAACUCCCAACCCUCGAUCCAGAUCCCCUCCUCUCUUCUUCCGAUUCACCCCUCGUCUCCCUCCCAUCCCACGCCGCCGCCGCCGCCGCCCACCACCCCGGCGACCUCCUCACCGGUGAUCCUCCAGCCUCUCCCUCUCCUUCUCCCCUGCAUUCAUUCAUCUCCACCCCAGCUCCACCUCCAGCCACAGCUCUAGAGGGAAGGAGAGAGAGCUCGAUUCGAUGGUGGCGUCGGUGGUGCUGGCGCUGCUGCUGGCGUCGGCGCUGGCGGGGACGGCGGCCGGCGGCGACAUCAUGCACCAGGACGACCAGGCCCCCAAGAUCCCCGGCUGCAACAACGACUUCGUUCUCGUCAAAGUGCAAAGCUGGGUGGGCGGCAACGAGGGCGACGAGUUCGUCGGCGUGGGCGCCCGCUUCGGCCCCAAGAUCGUCUCCAAGGAGAAGCAGGCCACCCGGGAGCUGCUCACCCUCGCCGACUCCAUCCACGCCUACGCGCCUCCCAAAAACAAGCUGGUCUCCGGAGGCAUCCUCCUGGUCGAGAGGGGCAAAUGCAAGUUCAUCAAGAAGGCCAAGCUCGCCGAGGCCGCCGGCGCCUCAGGGAUACUCAUCAUAAACUCCGGCACUGAGCUGUACAAGAUGGUUUGCAAGAUGAUCUGCAGAGCUGCCCUGCUACAGAUCAUAGAUAUCCAUCGGUGGCCAGCAGCAGCAGCUCAGGCACUCGGGAAGGUGCCAAGGAGAUGCUGGACCAAGGCGUGGAGGCACUGCGAGCUGAAGAUCACAUAGCUGCAGAUGCUGGAGGCCGGGCCGGUGAGCCGAGGAUUGGAGGUAGCGCUGAUUGGUGUUUUUAUGGAGAGAUAGGAUGCCACUGUUUGGUGUUUUUAUGCAUUUUGGUUUGCUUGUAACUGUGUUUGCACUAGCUGGGAGUAAGUGACUUGGCAAGAAGUGUAGGUGUUUUAAUUGAAGGCAUGAAAAGCCAUGACAAUAUGUACGCUCUUACAGGAUGUGCUCUAAUGCCGCUGGUUUAUUAUAAAUCUUGGAUUAGUAAUGAUGUGUAAUGCUGCUGGUUUAUUGCAAA